AUGCCGUCGAAUAUCCAGGUCUUCGUUAAGUGGAAGGACCAAACAAUCUUUGCAGGCGAGAAUGUGGAAUGCGUUAUCACAUUCAAGAAUGUAGCAAAGACCCAAUCUGAUGCCAACUUUGGAGGCGAGGGCCAUCAGCGGAAGGCGUCUCGAGUCGCGAACCAUGUUAGCAGCAAUAACAAUGACUCGUUCUUUGGAUUCAAGUCAUCGCAGGGUCUAUUCUCUGGUCGCCGCUCAUACUCCAUCGGAUCCCCGCGAAGACCUGCCAACCAUCGCACUGUCUCCUCCCUGAGCUCCCCGCUCGGCACCUCUCAUAGCUUCCCGCCCGCCAGCAACCCCUCCUCUACCCCCCGGAGCUGGCAACCCGGCCACAGCCAUAAACGAUCUGUAUCUAUCUUUUCCAUUGAUAGCGAGGGUCAGCAAGAUCACUCGCCCUCGCCACACUAUAACCGCAAUAAGCCUGUCAGGGCUCACGGGCGAUCAGCGAGUCUCCAAGUCUCUCCUAGAAGGAACGAUAGCUACGAUGAUUCUUACAAGAAAGCAGCUAGAGCACCCAUGCGUGGCUUGCCACUAAGAGAAUCUGACGAGUCUGCUCCCCCAAGUGAUUUGAGGGUCGAUACCAACAACCUUGGUCGUGAAAGCCGUGCUGGAUCCACCAUAAACAGCCCUGCCAUUGCAAAGGAGACUCCGCGCUCUGCAAGAAGACCCCAAUUGCCGUCCUUCGAUUUCAAAUUUCCUCCUGGCCCGAACGAAGCUCGCCCCGCCCUAACCCCCUCGCCAAAAUCCGACAGAAUUCCAUCCCCAGCGAAAGUUUCCACGAAGGAUGGAUCAGUGUUAGGUCCCCCGUCCCAUCAGCAACUUGCGCGAGUGAUCUCAGCCACAAGUGUGAAUGGGAGUAGCAGAAGCAGCGCCGAGUUUUACUCCAUUAGUGAUCAAUCGACGGAGACAUUGGCAUCUGAAUAUACGAACUACUCAGCGCAAGGCUCGCGUGCGCCCCCUCCUCCUCGACAUGGUCGACAUUUCUCGACCGUUGUGGCCCCAUCUAAGUCCGCAGAUAGCCAGGCGCUGCUGAUGGGCUAUGCGCAAAUUAGUGCAUCUUUUACAGUUGACGGCUCGCUAGUCAACCAGUCUGUUUUUGACGAAGUGAAACGCAAGGGUGUCGUUGGUGGUCAAGCGGGCACAGGUGGACUUCCUGGACGAUCGAACUCUUCUAACUCUGAUCGGUCGCGUAAAGGGGGUGGCUUUUGGGGUGCGCUGAAGUGGAAUGCCAUUGAAGAAUCCAUAAAUGGCUUCCUGUCAACCAAUGAGCUUGAUGGUCUUCGUGAAAUGCGUGGCGUUGCCUCGUCACGAUCGAUCCCAUUGCUAUCCACCCCUCAGUCCCUUCUGUUCGUCGAUCUACGACUGGCGCCUGGGGAAGAGCAGUCCUAUUCCUUCUCCUUUUCGCUUCCCAGGGGACUCCCGGCGAGUCAUAAAGGGAAAGCCAUUAAGAUUUCUUAUAAUCUAGUCAUCGGUACACAGCGGCCUAGUGGCCCCAACGAUGUCCAGCGAGUCAACCGCAUCAAUAUUCCUUUUCGUGUGUACAGCGGAGUGAAUGAUAAAGGAGAUGUAUUAGGGCAUGACUUGAUGUCUCCCUAUGUGCUUUUACGUGAUGAAGCGAAGGUCCAAAAGGUUGGGCCUGAUACGCCUGUUAUUUCUCAACCCCAAAGUUUGAGUGGGUUAUGGAACUCGGCUGGUGACUUUCUCUCUUAUGUGGAUGAGAUCCUUGAACAGCGUGCACGCUCAAACUCUCUUUUCCCACCUGGUACUCUUCCAGAGAGACGGACAAGCUAUGACGGACCUCGCCAAGUGUUGUCCUGUAAGGACAUUAUUGAUAUGGCUAUUCUUCGCAGCAAUCAAGCUGUUCAAUCUCGACGAAGUCCAAACAGAUUUGAGAUUGCUCGCGACGGUCGACGUAUUGCGGUGGUCGUCUUGAAUCGACCUGUACACAGACUUGGUGAAACCAUUAUUGCAACUGUGGAUUUCGGCAACGCUGCCAUCCCAUGUUAUGCUGUGCGUGCAUCGUUGGAGACAUCAGAGAAAGUAGUCCCUACUUUGGCUGUCCGAUCAAAUGCAAGUAUACACAGAACUACGCGUCGCAUUCAUGCGUCCUUGUUUGAGAAUACCCUUCAUGCCACUCGUGUGGUUUUCAGCCCUGCUAUCCCUGUUGCUGCCACCCCGACGAUUCUCACCAGUGGAGUGACACUCGAUUGGGACCUGCGCUUUGAGUUUGUCACACCAAAUGCCUUAAAUGAGGAUGCCCAAGGACCCUCCGGAACGAAAUUACUCGAGGUCGUCUCUUCUGAUGACCGAGGCAAAACGUUUUCUGCAAUGGAGCAUUUGGGUUGUGAAUCUUUUGAAAUUUCCAUCCCGUUGACAGUAUAUGGUGAAACUGUCCGUGAACACCUUCCAGAAGAAAACCAAGGACACGCCAUCUAA